AUGAACCAAGUUGGGGCCGUAGUAAUCACUGCCGUGCUCGUGGCGCUCUACCACAACUUUCUCGCCCCGCAACUUGUCAAUCACAAUGGACCGCCGCAGUUAAAAAUCACGUACUUUGCCGGUCCGGGACGUGCCGAACUCUCGCGCCUCAUUUUGUCCGCAGGCAACGUGUCAUUCGAGGACGAACGUCUGAACCGUGACGAGUUUAUGGCGAUUAAGCCCACGCUUCCCCUCGGUCAAGUGCCGGUGCUAGAGGUAGACGGGACGACUUAUAGCCAGAGUAUGGCCAUAGCUCGUUAUGCCGCGAAGCUCAGUGGGUUGUACCCCCAAGAUCCAAUCGAGUGUUUGCGUGUGGACAUGGUGUCCGAGUCCCUCGUUGACGUCAAGUCGCUCCUCUCCGAGAUCGCGUACCGCACUCCAGACGAGACUCUAAAAGCAGAAAAGACCAAGAAACUGCUGGAAGAGCUGGUGCCCAAGACACUGACACUACUCGAAGGAUUCGUGCAGCGCCCCUUCUUCCUGGGCCACGAGAUGACGUAUGCAGACUUGCAGCUUUUUGACCUCGUCAAGAACGGCCUGGACAAGUACCCGACCUUUAGUUUGGCAAAGUAUCCGAACUUGACGACGCUCGUGGCCAACGUGGAGACGAAUGCCAACGUGGCGGCUUACCUGGCCAAGAAGCAUGAGUAA